UAGUAACAUGCGAUGGUCCAUUUCCAGGAAACUGGCAACUUGGAAUUAAUCGCACCAAAUGCAAAAUUCUUCUUGCUCCUACUUUACUUGACUCUCUCUUUUCUUUUGAAUUUAAACUAUUUCAAUUUACUCCAAAUUAGGGUUCUUUAACCUUGAAUUGAAAGAAAUGCAGUCCUCUAUGUACCAAACACAAGACACAAACUCACAACAACAUUCAUGGCCUGCAGAUUUUGGAUUGGGUACAAGCGAUCGCAGGUACGCUUAUUUUCGGCAAUCUUCGUUUCAGCAAUCAGGAGAGCCUCCACACACUCCGAUUUCAAUCAUAUCAAGCGACUCAACUACAAAGCCUCUGCUUUCACGCACCGUUUCAAGUAUUGACGUCCCACCUGAGAUUUACACUUUUGAUUACGUAGACAUGGAAAAAGAAGAUUCCAUGUCGUGGCCGUCGUCGUCGUCAUCGUCGUCAUCAUCAUCAGUUUUGUACACUCUGAUUUCCAUGUUUAGGGUUUUAAGGAGUGGAAAUAGGCAAAUGAAGCGGCUUUUGACUUUGAUUUCGCUUAAUGUUGCUUAUUCUACUGCUGAAUUAGGAAUUGGUCUCUUUACUGGUCGUGUUGGUUUGGUAUCAGAUGCAUUUCAUUUGACAUUUGGAUGUGGCCUGUUAACGUUUUCUUUAUUUGCAAUGACCACUUCUAAGAAAAAGCCUGAUCGUGUCUAUACUUAUGGGUACAAAAGGCUUGAAGUUCUGGCUGCUUUUACGAAUGCUCUGUUUCUUUUGUUCAUGUCGUUUUCUAUAGCAGUGGAAGCACUUCAUGCAUUCAUACAAGAAGAAUCUGAGCACAAGCAUUAUUUGAUUGUUUCUGCAGUGACAAAUUUACUUGUAAAUCUUAUUGGCGUUUGGUUCUUCAGGAACUACGCUCGCAUUAACCUUGUCUACAGAACAGCAGAAGAUAUGAAUUACCACUCAGUUUGCUUGCAUGUUCUUGCUGAUUCCAUUCGCAGUUCAGGUUUAAUAUUGGCAUCCUGGUUGUUGUCCCUCGGGGUCGCCAAUGCUGAAGUUUUAUGUUUGGGGCUGGUUUCCGUUGCAGUCUUUAUGCUUGUCAUGCCACUGUUUAAGACUACUGCUGGUGUUUUGCUUCAAAUGGCACCACCUAGAGUUCCAUCUUCAGCACUGAGCAAAUGCCUGAGACAGGUUACUGCUCGGGAAGAUGUUAAUGAAGUUUCUCAAGCUCGUUUUUGGGAAUUGGUGCCUGGUCAUGUUGUUGGCUCGCUUACACUUCAGUUGAAGAAAGGGGUGGACGAUAGGCCCAUAUUAGAGUUUGUGCAUGGUUUAUAUCAUGAUUUGGGCGUACAGGACCUCAUAGUGCAGACUGAUUAUGAAUAAGACCCAUCUCUCACUUUUUUAUGAUCUGUUGGUACAAGCAGCUUUAGUGUGAACCUCAUCAUUUUCUCUUCUUUUUUUGUUUCCCUAAAUCAUUGUCAUUAGCAAACAGGUCUAUUACCUAUAGAAGGGAAUUUUUAAUCUAUUUUCCCAAUAUAUGGAUAAUAAUUCUAAUCUAUUUUCUCGAUUUACAAUGUA